UAAUUUUUACAGUUAAAAUAUAGCGCGAAUAUAUAAGAAACGGCAAUAGGGAGAAUUUCAUUGUCAGCGAACAGAAGCAUGCCCUCAACAAUGCCAUUAAAUGAGCUAGACUUUUCCUGGUUUGGAAAAGGGUUCACUUCAAAAGGGAGAAGAAUUUCUUUGGGAGAAUUGGAAGAAACACUCUUGUUUCUCCAUUUCCCCUCUCCAGAAAUGUAUUCAUGGCGUCGCAGCAGAGCUUUCAUGAUUGCUUUGAUCCUCAUAUACCUUUCAUCCUUGGCUACAGCCCAAAAUCCCUCCAAAUGCACCAGCAACGGAAACUACACAGCCAACAGCACCUACAGCAACAAUCUCGACGCCUUACUCCUCGCUCUCUCCUCCAACAUGACCGAUUUCGGCUUCCGCCGCGCCUCCGUCGGCCAGGCCCCAAACACCGUCAACGGCUUCGCCCUCUGCAGAGCCGACCAAACCCUCGUACUCUGCCGCCGUUGCGUCGACUCCGCCGCGCGAGAGGUGCGCCAGUCCUGCCCCAACGAGAGGCAGGCCGCGAUUUGGUACGAAUUCUGCACGCUGCGCUACUCCAACGACCCUAUAUACGAAACGCAGACGACGGAUCCCACAGUUAUGCUACUGAACACGCAAAAUGUCACGGAUGGAGAUCGAUUUAGGGCGGAGAGGACGGCGCUGGUGACCGACCUCACGGCGCAGGCGGCUAACGGAAGCGCGCAGCUCAAAGUCGGCGACCCUAUCAGCGUAGGGAGUCGGAAUUUCUCGAAUCCCGAAUUUUCGACGAUUUAUGCUCUGGUGCAGUGUACACCGGAUUUCUCACCCGAAGAUUGCCGGAGAUGCUUGAGCGAGACUUCACAAGCUUUCCGAAGUUAUGUUUCGCAGGGUUUCAGAGUUCUAAACCCCAAUUGCAAUGUUCGCUAUGAGCUUUCUACCUUCUACAAUGACACUCGGCUGAGGGAAUUAAGGGUGGCAAUUGUAGCUCCAGCACCUCCGCCGACCUCGCCGCCAGGAACCAAUGGUACUGAUACAAUACCAGGAAAGAAAGAUGAUAACACUACAAAAGUUAUCAUCACCAUUGUUGUCCCAGUUGGGGUGGCUCUGAUAAUUGCUGCUUGUGCCAUCGUCUUCGUUAUAAGAAGAAGGAAGCAGAAUAAGGCAUAUGAAGCUGCCGAGACUGCUGACGAUAUCAGUAAUGUGGAAUCCUUGCAAUAUGAGUUUAGCAGCAUUAGAGCUGCCACUAAUGAUUUUGAUGAUGCUAACAAGCUGGGGCAAGGUGGAUUCGGGGCGGUUUAUAAGGGAAAACUACAAACUGGCGAAGAAGUAGCAGUUAAAAGGCUGUCCAAGGAUUCAGGGCAAGGCAAUGUGGAAUUCAAGAAUGAGGUUUUGUUGGUUGCCAAACUUCAACAUAGGAAUCUGGUCAGGCUCUUAGGUUUCUCUAUGGAAGGAACCGAGAGGGUACUAAUAUAUGAAUUCGUUCAGAAUGCAAGCCUUGACCAGUUCAUAUUUGAUCCAGUCAAGCGUUCACAGUUGGAUUGGGAUAGACGCUACAAGAUCAUCGGGGGUAUUGCAAAGGGAAUUCUGUAUUUGCACGAAGACUCUCGACUCAAGAUCAUUCAUCGUGAUCUCAAAGCGAGUAAUGUGCUGUUAGAUGGAGAAAUGAACCCCAAAAUUGCAGAUUUUGGGAUGGCAAGAUUAUUUAAACCAGAUGAAACUCAAGGAAACACAAGCAAGAUCGUCGGAACUUAUGGAUAUAUGUCACCUGAAUACGCAAUGCACGGGCAGUACUCCAUCAAGUCAGAUGUGUUUAGUUUCGGAGUGCUGGUUCUGGAAAUCGUGAGUGGUCAGAGAAAUGUAUGUAUCCAAAAUGGGGAUAAUGUGGAGGACCUCUUGACUCUUACAUGGAAGAACUGGCGAGAAGGGACAGCUACAAGUAUGGUAGAUCCUGUGCUGAUGAAUGGCGCUGGUUCUGUACGCGACAUGAUGAGAUGCAUUCACAUGGGACUGUUGUGUGUCCAAGAAAAUCCCGCGAACAGGCCAACAAUGGCUACCGUUGCUCUAAUGCUCAGCAGCUCAACAAUGACCCUGCCGGUGCCUGCUGAGCCCGCGUUUUAUAUGGCUAGCCGUUAUGGUCCCAUGGAUUCAACAGAUUCGACCUUGCUUAAGUUUGGAACGGUUGCAUCUGAAGGCUCAGCAUCUGUAAAUGAUGUUUCAGUCACCGAGCUAUAUCCUCGUUGAUUUUGUCUUCCUGCCGAGGUUUGUGCUUUCCUCCCGACAAAUAAAUUAUGCAUGUAAUUUUGUUAUUUUUUCUCUUUUAUCCGUUUAUGUGAGCUAGAACUUUUGAAAUAAUAAAGAUGUGUAGGUAAUAUAAUGCUGUAAUCAGGUAAAUUAGGAGGGACUAUUGUUUCAACUUCUGUAACACUAGAUGUAAUAAGAUUAUUGUUGUGUUGAAUGAAUUUCUAUGAAUACUAUUUAUAAAGAAUUUAUAGAUGAUUUUUGUAAUAAUAUAGGCUAACUGGGCCGCACUCUAUUGAAUUUUAGUAAUUGGUAAGGUUGUGUGGUCUGUUUUACCGUUUGGAUUACAAACACAAAUAUUGGAGAUAUUUUGUUUCAUAAGUAUUUUGGGAAGUUUGACUAUUGCACUAUCUUGUAAUGUAAAUCUCGUGCUUGAUCAUCUGAAUAUUGAUGAUUGAGGUUUUUGUCUUUAAAUUUGCCAACAAUCCCGCAAA